AUGAAGAGAAGAAGUCAGUCUGAGGAAUCAUCAGCAGAGUCUGAUGAUGAAUCAGGAUCUGAACUUAAGGAGAAAAGGCCUACUCUUAGAGACGUUCGUAAACCUAUCCCCAAUGACCAACCUUUACCAGCUAAGACGAAGAAAGGGUUCUCACGUGUGUUCAGUCGCUACAAGCUCCAUGUGGGGGAACAGCUGUUAAAUUCAGAGCCUGUUGUCAAAAAUGACCUCAUACUUAUUGGACGCUAUGCAAUCUUCGUCAAUAACAGAAAAGUCAAGCUCUUGAACUCAAGUCUGUUGCAUAAUUUCGGAAUUCUUAGAAACAGGGCAAGCUUAGAAUCGAUUUUUUCAAACCAGUUGUUUGAUGGCCCGAUCCGGAUUCAAGGAGUUGGUCCCACAGUCAACUGGAACGCUGUUCCUUACAAUACGAUAACGGUGGAUAAGAUCAGGUCCCUUUGCGCUCUUCAUCAAAUGGACAUUGAAGAGUUUAGUAAAAUGAAAGGAUGUGAGCCAUUUCAAAAAGUCAGUUCGGGUGAUGUACCAAUGAUUUUCAAAAGAGGACAAAUCGUCACCAGUGAUUUUCAGGAUCUAAUUGGCAUUGUGAUUGAAGACACUGUUUUUGAUAGUCCUGUGAUUGAUGUACAAGGUAUUGAUUCUGGUGAUAUAAAGCAAUUUAAGAUCGGAGACUUCAGGCAAAUUGGCCCUGGAGACGUAAGUGUCAAUGACGAGACAUUACAAAGUUUCUUGACAUGGCUUAUGCUGAGCGAUCUGUUCACUCAAUUCGUUGGAACAAGCUUCACUCAUUUGGUUCUAGAGGACGGCUUUUUCCGGCUUAUUUUCAGAGACUCUGAAAAAAGAUCCCUUGCAUGCUAA